UUCACUUUACUCAGAGCGCAAGAACGCACGGUGUCAGUAAAGAGACCUGUAGAAACCCGCUGCGGAUUAUCAUUAGAUUUUCACCACUUUUACAUAAUAGUGUUGUAUCUGUUAUCUAUUACCCUUUUUUUUAAACGAAUCAACUACUUUUCCGGAUAUGUUGGUAGAAGUUUCAAAGGGGAUUUUCCUCCUUCUCUCCUGCAUGUUGUUGCAACCCGUGUUUUCAGUGCAGAAUCAGAUGUGUGACAUAAUGAAGGAAAUAGACAGGGAGAGAGACACAUGCGAGGCUCAGAUCUACAACAGAACAACAGGUUGCAAUGGGACAUGGGACAAGAUCGCCUGCUGGCCCAGUGCCAACAUUGGAGAGGUGGUUACCAUUCCUUGCCCCAUAUAUCUCCUCUACUUCUCCAGGGAUGUCUCUAGACGUAACCUGUCAAAGACCUGCACUGAGGAUGGCUGGACCGCGAUCAGCAUGGACUCCUACAUAAUGGACUGUGGAUACAAUCCCAACAACACCAUGGAUGAUAACACGGGAGAAUUCUACAAUGCUAUCAAAGUGGGUUACACCAUUGGUCACAGCGUGUCGCUUAUUUCUCUGACGAUCGCCAUCAUCAUACUAUGUCUCUUUCGGAAGCUGCAUUGCACGAGGAACUACAUCCACAUGCAUCUCUUUGUGUCUUUCAUACUGAAAGCCGUGACUGUUUUCAUCAAGGACGUUGUUCUGUAUGAUGUUGGGGAGACAGAAAAUUGCCAGUCAUCUAUGGGCUGCAAGGCAGUGGUGAUCUUCUUCCAGUAUGGGAUCAUGGCGAGUUACUUCUGGCUGCUGGUGGAGGGCCUCUAUCUCCACGCUCUGUUAGCCGUGUCCUUCUUCUCUGAGAGGAAGUACUUCUGGGGGUACAUCCUCAUUGGUUGGGGGGCUCCAACCAUCUUCAUCUCAGCAUGGGUGAUUACAAAGGCUUAUUUAAACGAUCCUGGAUGCUGGGAGACAAUCGAUGACAACCCAUGGUGGAUCAUCAAAACACCUAUUUUAGUCACCAUACUUGUGAACUUUUUCCUUUUCAUUUGUAUAAUCCGGAUUUUGCGACAGAAGAUGAAUUGCCCCGACAUUGGAAGAAAAGAAUCCAAUCAGUACUCGAGACUGGCUAAAUCCACACUCUUGUUGAUACCUCUCUUUGGUAUCAACUAUAUAAUUUUUGCCUUCAUUCCUGACCACAUCCACCCAAAAGUCAGGAUGGUGUUCGAUCUUAUUCUGGGGUCAUUUCAGGGUUUUGUCGUUGCAGUUUUGUACUGCUUUCUGAACGGAGAAGUACAGACAGAGAUUAAGCGUAAGUGGCGCAGAUGGAUGCUGCAGAGGUUCCUGGGUGCUGACACUAAGUACCAGCAGCCCUCCACAGGCAGCAACGGCAACAACUUCAGCACCCAGAUCACCAUGUUGACCAAAUGCAGCCCUACUCCCCGCCGGGCAUCUGGGUGUAAGGAGCACCUCUCUGCCAUCUGAAACCCCAGUUAACUCCAGUCUCUGUUUUUAUCACUACGCACUGAACGUGUGGCUCACAUACACUGUUGCAAUGCAGUUGAUAUUGGUUACUGAAGGUCAAUAUGACAUUUUUAGUACUGAAGCUUAUUUGUUCUUAGUAAUCUUAUCCAUUGCCUGUCAAAAUUGACAAGGACUCAGUGUUUUUCUGGCUAGGGUGGAAAGGCAUGUAAAACCACUAUGGAAACACUCCGCUUAUUCAAUGAAUGGUUUAAAAAAUGAUCUUCGUAUGAAGGAUUUAUAGCCAAAAAGCACAAAAAAAGGAACACUGUCAUAUUCACAGACACUUUCGAGUUUAGGUAGCUUUGAUCAUGGAGGUACUUCCAUUGUACUUGUUGACCGACUUCCUGGCAGGUACUAGAAUGUAAUGCUUCGGUGAGGUCACAUGAUGAGUCAGCCUAUAUUGACUACUGACAAGUUGUUGAAAAUGAGUUGUCAGACCAACAUUAACUAAGUCUCUGAAUGCAGCAGGGGAAAAGAUCUUCAUGAUCACAGCAGUUGAGAGGAAAUGGGAAACUUGGCCAACAUUUUCCUUCUGAUGUUAAGCAAUAGAUGGAUAGAGCCAGAGGCGAGCUGUGCCCUAUAAGAAACGAUCUUUAUGAAAGAGGGGUGUUAUGCAAGAGGACUGCAAGCACUUAACCUAAUGGCCAUGUUGCUAAAGGGACUAGUGGUAACAUUAAUGACAGUGUCAGGCUGUCAUGAACAGUAGUCACAGAGUAGGAAUCUAUAACAUAUCCAACGUACUGGAUGUACCUAUCCUGUGUAUAACAUUUUUAUACGGAGCAUACACUCUCCUGAAUUACUGCCAAAUAGCAUUGCAGAGGAGAGACUGAAGCUGCUGCUUGUGAAAUUUAUCUCAGAUUAUAAAAGCUUUUAGUUUCGUCUGAGUGCACAGUCACUCAACAGAUGGUCAUUUUUACUGUUUCAGAAACUAAUGGACCAGAUGUAUUCCAUUAUUAGUACACCAUACACAACAUUGUCAAUUAAUAUGUUGCAAUAAUGUUUAACUCCCAUUAGGUGGACUGCAUGGACAAUUCAUUUCAUUGGAGUGAUUGUUAGUAUUCUAUUUUACUCUAUUCUAUUCUAUUAUGUUUUAUACCUACAGGUUAAAUAUAUAUGUUGUAUUGUUUUUAGCCAUGCCAGAGGUGUUACUUUAUGGAUGGGACCGUCAGUUGGUUGGUGCAAGUAUUUGUACCAGACUUAAAUAUCUUAACAACUGUUGUAUAGAUUGCCAUGAAAUUUUGUAUAGAAAUUUAUGAUUCAUAGUAGACGAAUCCUAUUGGCUUUGGUGAUCCCCUGGCUUUUCUUCUAGCGCUCGAUGAAGUUCACAUUUGGGGUUUUGAGUGAAAUGUCUCAAACAUCUAUUGGAUGGAUUGCCGUGAAAUUUAGAUCAGGCUGUCAUGUGAUAUUCAUGUCCCAAACCUGGAAGAACUGUAAUAACUAGGGUAAAGCCUUAACCUUUCAUUUAGUGCCAUCAUCAAGUAAAAGUUUCAUUUUGCUCAAUACUUUUUGACAAAACACCUUCAAAACUAUUGACAUUCCCAUCAGCCUGAGCUGUACUAUAUGUUUAGUCCUAAUUAGAAAAUGCUAGCAAGCUAACACACCAACCUAAGAUGGUGAACAGGGCAAAAAUACCACAUUAUACAUAUAUUACAUCAUAUCUGGUAAAGAUGAGACUGUUGCCAUUGUCUUUGUGAGUAUCCUAGCAUGCUGACUUUAGCAUUAAACUCAAGGCACAGCCUCACAGAACUGCUAGCCAAAAAUUUAUUUGAAGAAAAGACAUUUUCCAAUGUUCAAGCAGUGACAGUGUCACAUUUCAUGUGGGAGUCAUGUAGAAGUUCGAUGUUUACUUUAAUUCCCCCUUUUGUUCUUCUUGUGUAUGUAAAACUGAAAAUAAACUGAAACUAACAGAAAGUACCUCAGACUGAAUGUCACACACAGCUAUUGUAUAUAAUGUGAAAACUGUAAAUAAGGCUAAUGAAUUGAUUCAUGACGUCUUUUAUGGUGAUGACUUAUAGUGCUCAGGUGUCAACUGGAAAUUGAUGUUUACAUUUAAAAAUGCAUGUUUCACCCUCAUGCUAUUUGCAUAAUGUCAGUAAUGUUGAUGAAGUAUCUCUUAUUUGUUGCCGUGUAAAUUUUGUGUAAACAUUGUGUACUGUACAGUCUGUGGAAUAAGCUGUAAACAUGUUAUUGAACAAAUUGUCAGAUGAAAAUGAAUAAAACCUU